AUGGGAACAGUGUGGAGAAUGUCAAAAAAAUUUGUCCCUGUUCUUGGAUUAUUAUGGGAUAAAACUAAAGAUGUUCUGUUUUGUGAUCUUGAAAAAAUUUAUUUCAAGCAAAAACCCAUUACUAGAAGGUAUAUUCUUUGGACAGUUCACAGCAUCUUCGAUCCUAUAGGAAUUCUGUGUCCAGUAACGAUUCGUUUGAAACGGUCAAUACAAAAUAGCUGGAACCUGAAGAUUGGUUGGGAUGAAACCUGUCUAGAAGAUAAUCGCCUGGAGUUCAAUAAAUGGCUUGAAGAUUUAUAUCUGUUGACAGAGAUCAAAAUUCCAAGAUAUGUCCAAAGUAAUGUCCCGGAAGAAAAAUUGAGUUUUCACACUUUUUGUGAUGCGAACAAGUCCGCUUAUAGCGCAAUCGUAUUUCUACGAAGCGAAUGUGAGAAAGGAUAA